UGAAUGUUUUGGUUCUGAAACACACAAAAGUUCAGCCACAUUGCGCUUUUCGAUUGAAAUUUCGUUUCAAGUGUUCACAUUCAGGCCAAAAAUAAACCAAUUUUCCCCUGAAAGAAUCGCUCGAACCCCGAGGGCUUCCGGCCUCACUGCGUCACGAUGGAAUCGACGAUCAAGAUCAAGCAAGAACCGGGCCUCAGCCCGAAACCGUCUGCCACGAUUGCAGGCACCGGCCCUCAACCACUGUCCCAACCUGCCACAGCGAUCGUUAAAACUGAACGGCUAACGUCGUUUCGCGUGCCCCGGGACCUGACCCUCGGCGGACUUACCAAUGGACGCGCCGUUAAACCGGCGGCCAACAAGAAGGUGUACACGCCCAACCUGAACGCCGUUCGGAACAAGGACACAAACGUAAAGACUGCCUCGACCGGUCCCAAGCAGCGGAUCAAACCGGAACGGAACAAAGAUGGCAAGGCGGGCGCUGGCCGGGGCAAGAACGCCCUCAUCCAAACGUCCGGCAUCUUCUCGGAAGGGUUGGCCCAGCGGACGCUGCAGCGAUCGCGCUACGAAAAGAUGAACAACUCAGCGCGGGAACCGGGCGAGGCCAUGCGGCGGCCGGUGCUGCGCUCGGAGAUCAAGGUCGACCCGGAGGAGGAACGAAAACGGAUUUGCGACUUGUUUGGGGAGCCGGACGAGGAGGAAGGACUGUUGUCCUCGGAGGGAGCGAAAAAGUACGACGCCAACAUGCCGGUCAAGCUGGACAAUUUGGACUACAAAAUCAAACCGAGUGCCGCCGGCCCGCUAAAGGUCGAGGUCAAGGACGAACUGCUCAAACAGGAACCGGGCGAUUUGCUGGAGGCCAUCAAGGCGAACGCCGGCGCCCAGAACAAUCUGUUCCUGCUGCAGCUGCCGGACGCGUUGCCGGGCAAAACGGACACCGAGGUGCGACGACCUGAUCCGGCGGCCGCAAAACCAGCCGAAGGCACCACCGAGAAUGGGGGUGCCGUGCAGGAUCCUCCCCGGUGUACCGUGCGAGAGCUAGAGGAAGGUUACAUCGGCAAGGUGCUGCGGUAUCGUUCCGGCAAGGUCAAGUUGCUGCUGGGCGAGACCAUGUUCGACCUGACGAUGGGCAUGGACAGCGGCUUUCUGCAGGAGCUCGUGUCGAUCAAUACGAACGCGGAGGAACGAAGUGGGAAUAUUAUCGAUUUGGCCACGAUCAAGGCCAAGCUGAACGCGUCCCCCGACUGGGAGUAUUUGUUCAAAAAGGCAGCGUGAGCAAUAAAAAGGCGAAAAGCGUGUGUAUGAUUUACAGACAAGUGGUUCUA